GCCACGUGGCCGUCUCGGGGCUGCUGCUGUUGCUGUUGCUGCUGCGGGGGUCGGGCGGCGGCCAGGGGGUUUGGGUAGGCACAGCUGGACCCCGGGAAGGGGACGAGUCGACAGAUGUGCGUGAGGAGGUCCCUGGUCGGCCUCACCUUUUGUACCUGCUACCUGGCUUCUUACCUUACGAACAAGUAUGUGCUGUCUGUCUUGAAAUUUACCUACCCUACAUUAUUCCAAGGGUGGCAGACACUCAUUGGUGGACUUUUGCUUCAUGUGUCUUGGAAACUGGGCUGGAUAGAGAUCAACAGCAGUUCAAGAUCUCAUGUUCUGGCGUGGCUUCCUGCUUCAGUGCUGUUUGUGGGUAUGAUCUAUGCUGGGUCCAGAGCCUUGUCCAGACUGACCAUUCCUGUGUUUCUCACUUUGUGUAAUGUAGCUGAAGUUAUCAUCUGUGGGUACCAGAAGUGUUUUCAGAAAGAGAACACAUCUCCUACAAAGAUCUGUAGUGCCCUCUUCCUCCUGGCCGCAGCAGGAUGCCUUCCCUUCAAUGACUCCCAGUUUGAUCCAGAUGGAUAUUUUUGGGCUGUAAUUCACUUAUUCUGUGUAGGGGCUUAUAAAAUUCUGCGGAAGUCCCAGAAACCCAGUGCAUUAAGUGACAUUGACCAGCAAUACUUAAACUAUAUAUUCAGUGUGGUGCUCCUGGCAUUUGCGUCUCAUCCCACAGGUGAUCUCUUCAGUGUCCUGGACUUCCCAUUCCUGUACUUCUACAGAUUCCAUGGCAGCUGCUGUGCCAGUGGAUUUUUGGGAUUCUUUCUCGUGUUCAGUACAGUGAAGCUAAAAAGCCAUCUGGCCCCAGUGCAGUGUGCAGCCUGGAUUUUCUUUGCUAAGAUAAUCACGGCUGGCUUAUCAAUAUUGCUGUUUGAGGCGAUCCUGACCAGUGCAACCACGGGAUGCGUCCUGCUUGGUGCACUUGGAGAGGCCUUGCUGGUUUUCUCAGAGCGGAAGGGCUCCUGAACAAGACGGUCAAGAGAAGGAGACUCACCAGCUGCUGCGGGAGAACAUCGCCCCUGGUCUCAUAGCUCCCUGUUGAAUGUGUCGGAAA